UCCACUGCACAGUGCACAGUACACAGAGUUAGGCAGAGUCUGUAGCUUUAACUAGUCUUGUACAUUCCAUUGGCCAAUAACGGGAGCUUCUGUAUCCAAUGGCAUACAGUGCUGAGCAGAGAGAUCCACUCCGUCUCCCUGCUGUCUUUUCUGCUCGGAUCCAGUGGCACAUAAGCAAGAGAAUUACGUGAAUGAGACAAAGGGAUUUUGAUUUCAUGGGCUGACAGAAUGGGCACGAGAGGCAAGGAAAAAUCACUGUGUUGGAGGGAAAUUUCUGUUUUGAAGAAGCACUCACGGUGAAUAACAUGGAAAAGAAAGGGAUGAUGGAUAUAUUUCAUUUUUACCAACGGUGGAUUCUGUGCCUUGCGCUGCUUUUGUGUACAGUGCAUGGGCAGACACGGUACACAAUACCGGAGGAAUUAAAAGAAGGCUCGGUUGUUGGGAAUAUUGCAAAAGACCUUGGUUUUGGAUUAUCAGACAUUUCAGAUCGCAGGCUAAGGAUAGCCUCCGAGACUGGUAAGCAGUAUUUUCACAUAGACUUGGCGAGAGGUGAGCUCACUGUGCAGGAGAGAAUAGACCGAGAGACAUUAUGUUCACAGACGGUGCCAUGCUUAUUGCCCAUAGAGGUCAUUGUUGAAAAUCCUUUGCAACUGUAUCGUAUUGAAAUAGAAAUACAAGACAUUAAUGACAACAGUCCUACAUUUCAGUCAAAUAAAUCCAAUUUAAACAUACCAGAAAAUGUUAAUCCAGGCGCUAAAUUCCCUCUGGAAAAAGCUGAAGAUAACGACGUUGCAUCGAACUCCUUACGGUCCUAUAGUCUGAGCACUAAUGAUAACUUCAAAUUAAACGUGAAGACCCAUGAUGGGAAAAAGAUUCCAGAACUGGUUUUGGAUAAGUACCUCGAUAGAGAGAAACAAGCGGUUCACAAAUUAAUACUGACCGCUGUUGAUGGGGGAACUCCAGUGAGAACAGGCACGUCGGAAAUUAUGAUAACAGUGCUAGACAUAAACGACAAUGCCCCCCUGUUCGAAAAGCCAUUUUAUGAGGUAAGCAUUGACGAAAAUGUAGCACCGGGGAAAGAAGUGGUAAAGGUAAAAGCCUUAGAUUUAGANGAGGGUCUGAAUGGAGAGGUAGAGUAUUUUUUUGGUCAGCAGUCGACGGAUGCAAUAAGGACAUUGUUUGAUAUUGACUCUGAAACAGGUGCCAUUUCCGUGAAAGGACAACUAGACUAUGAAAAGUCAAAUUUACACUCGUUUGACGUUCUUGCUAAGGACAAGGGUACUCCACGAAUGGAGGGGCACUGCACUGUGAAGAUAAAAGUCAAUGAUGUUAAUGACAAUUCUCCAGAGAUCGUCAUUACCUCACUGACUAGUCCCAUACCUGAAAACUCUCCAAUUGGCACGGUGGUGGCACUCAUUAGUGCAAAAGAUGCCGACAGUGGGGACAACGGCAAAGUAAAAGUUGAAGUAGCGUCAAACUCCCCUUUUAAGCUUAAUCACUCAUUGUCUAAUCACUACAUGUUGGUUACGAAUGCGCAUAUAGACAGGGAAAUUCAUUCCCAAUAUGACGUCCAAUUAAAUGCUGUCGAUUUGGGUUCACCACCGUUGUCAACAAAGAAAACAAUUUCUAUUUCAGUAUCUGAUACAAAUGAUAACCCCCCUGUCUUUACGCAAAAGUCUUACAUGGUUUAUGUCAAGGAAAAUUGCGCACCAGGAUCAUUGUUAUCGUCUGUGUCAGCUCAGGAUCCAGACAUAGAGAAGAAUGCACAACUUAGUUACUCUAUAUUAGAUUCAGGUAAGCAAGAAUUUCCGGUUUCGUCUUAUGUUUAUAUUAAUUCGGAAAAUGGGAGCAUUUUCAGCAUGCAUUCUUUUGAUUAUGAGAAAAUCAAAGUAUUCCAGUUUUUAGUUCAGGCUAAAGAUCAGGGCUCGCCUGCUCUUAGUAGCAACGCCACCGUUAAUGUUUUUAUUCUGGACCAGAACGACAAUGUCCCCGUUGUCAUCUACCCCUCCGCGAGCAUGGGCUCUGUGUCUCACCAGAGGAUGCCCCGCUCUGCUAAAAUGGGGCACCUCGUUACCAAGGUAACAGCUGUGGACGCAGACUCGGGCCACAACGCCUGGAUUUCCUAUAGGCUGGCGGAAGCUACAGACUCGUCUCUGUUCGCUGUCAAUCUUUACACUGGAGAGGUGAGGACUAAACGCUCUGUUUCAGAGCAGGAUGACGCCUCUCAGAGACUGCUCAUAGAGAUCAAGGACAAUGGAGAGCCAGUGCAGUCCACCACAGUCACAGUGGACAUACUCAUAGAGGACGGACUGCACGAACCCGUCUCUGACUUCAGACAGAAAUCGUCAGAAAAAGACAAGAAAAACAGUAAAAUCACAUUUUAUUUGAUCUUAUCGUUAGCUUCGGUGUCAGUACUGUCUCUGUUAACGUUUUUCAUACUGAUGAUUAAGUGCGCAAGGGAAGCAAGAGACAGCCCAAGCUGCUGUUUAAGAAGAGACUCCGAUGGCUAUAAGAAUCCCAACAGAAACCUACAGAUCCAGCUCAACACUGACGGGCCUAUUAAGUAUGUGGAGGUUCUGGGGGGAGACAUGAUGUCUCAGAGUCAGUCGUUUGGCUCCUAUCUGUCUCCAAUGUCGGAGUUCAGUGACUUAACAUUCGUCAAGCCCAGCAGUACGCUUGACUUUAAGGAUACAUUACGCGGACUUGAUGCGUCAUUGCCAGACAGCGCAUGGACCUUCGAGUGUCAACAGGUGAGCACUUUUAAAAAAAAUGCGAUACUGUAA